AUGAGUCCCAACGAUUGGCGUCUGUAUCAGCGGCUGAAUCCCGUGCAGAAGGGUUGGGGCGAAAGGGGUGUCGCCGUACACCUCGACAACGACGAAGACAAGGCCCUCGCGAAGGAACAGUUCAAAUCGGGUGCUUUCGAUGUGUUCAUCUCCGACCGGAUCAGUCCUAACCGCACUCUACAGGACGCGCGUCCGUACGAGUGCUCUAAAGUGGACUACCCGUCGGAUGGGUUGGGUUCGGCCACUAUUGUGAUAAUCUACACGAACGAGAUCUGGUCGGCGCUGAUCCGCACGAUAUGGUCCGUGACCACCGGCUGGUUAGAGCCACUGUUGGCCCGCAUCGUUGACGACCUGCGCGACGUUAUCUGUCCGGUGAUUGACGUGAUAUCGGAUAAGACGUUGGAGUUCUUCGCGGGCAAUCCGUACUACGUCCAGGACGCGGCCCGCAAAGCGCCGACCAGAGCGGUGGUGUCGCCAACGAUGGCCGGCGGCUUCUUCGCCAUCGAUCCCCAGUACUUCUUCGAGAUCGGCUCCUAUGACGAGCGGAUGGAGAUCUGGGGCGGAGAGAAUCUGGAGCUCUCGUUCCGCGUGUGGCAGUGCGGCGGCCGUCUGGAGAUACACCCGUGCAGUCAUGUCGGCCACAUAUUCCGCGACUAUCAUCCGUACUCUUUCCAGGGAAAGGACACA